CUGCCGUGUUUACUCUACCGGCACUGCGCCUGAAAGUCGCGGCGCGGAGUAGUCAAACUCUCCCGGCUAGCGUUCUUCUCAAGCCCCGCUGGUGUGAUCGCCAAAACUUACUCCUCCUUUUCGGACCCUCAAACAUUUCCUGAUCACUCGGAUCUUUCUGGGAAUUCUUGGGGAGCAUCGCCCUGUUGUUUGGGACUAGAUCAAGUUACUGGUCACAGAGGCAGCAGGCGCCACUACUUAGCCUGGAGGGCAAGGAGAGCUGCAAGGUCCGCAGUGGAUACUGUUUGUGUAGGGUCACCUAUCAAAGCCAAGAGGGUUGAAAAAGCCGCAGCAAGAAAAGACCGCUGGCUGGAGGUGCGUUGACCUUAUGUGGACAAUGUGCUCGACGUUUCGGAUGUAAGUAGUGUACAGUGAUCGCCGAUCGGUAAUUUUGCGGUCCGCUCUGAGAGGCUCUGAGGUUUCAGUAUGGCUGGGAUGAAAAACAUCAACCAGCACCUACGCUCACUCGAGAAGCUGAGUCUGGACUCGGCCAGUAACUACUCCACCAUGGAGAGUCUGAACGGUAGUAUCGGGUACGGAACUGGUAGCAAGUCACCAACAAGUCACAUGUCGUCCCACAUGAACGGUACCCUGACGAACGGAGCAGGGUAUAGCGAGAGCUUCUGUAGUGUGAAGAGUUCGGUGCCAGACGAUUACGAAUGUACAGAUCGUUAUACGAGAUUGGUCGAAAUCGAAAACGUCCCCUGGACUGAAAGGGACAUAUCCCAGGUGAUUGAGAACGGACAGGGAAAGAACGUUUGUGACAGUGUUUCAAGAGACAUCAUACAGCGACUAUCGUACUUGCUCCAGAGGCCUUUAGUAAGGAUUGUCCGCGAGGCACAGAGACUUGCCAUUCGGAACUGUAAGUGUACUCAGCACGACAUGAAGACGGCGGUCAAGCUGGUAUUGUCACGGACUCUGGCAGAAAGUUGUAUCAACUCGGCCAAGAAAGCGGUGUCUAGAUACGUGAUGACGGGACAGGAGGGCUUCCGUGUCAGCAAACGUACGCGAGCAGGGGUGAUCUUCAGUGUCGGACGCAUGUACCGCUGGCUGAUUGACGUCGGGGUGAGCCCACGCCUCCAUGACAAUGCAGCAGUAUAUCUUGUGGGACUGAUGGAGAAACUGCUGGACGAGAUUUUCCUGCGAGCGGUGUGCAUGCACGUGAUGGGGCGGGAUGACGACAUGGCUGUGAGCGUGGAGCUGUUGGAGUAUGGGAUAGCGAACGACCCCGACCUGUGGGGCAUCCUGCAGCCCUUCGAGCAUCUCAUCUGUGGACGAGAUGCAAAUGGAAUCUUGGCUAUUCCAAGUGCCAGUUCCUCGCCCUCUGAAAAAGGAAGUGACCACAGCAGACGAAAGGGUCAUCGGCGGGACCGAGAGCAGCUGGGCAGUCUGGAGUUGCUGAAGACGCUGGAACAGAGUCUGCUGACCACCUGUGUGGGCAGUAUUGCUGAACUUGGUGACUUGGUAUCCAGAGCCAUGCACCACCAGCACCACAAGAGUGGGUCCCGCUCCCCCAGCCCCGCCUUGACCUUGACCUGGGGGUCGGACGCCCUUCACACCCUGUUCUACUUCAUGAAGUGCACCCAGCUGGAGUGUAUGGACAACCCCAACAUCGAGCCGCCCAUGGUACAGCUCAGCUGUGAGAGACCUUAUGUGAUCCUGCCCCCGCUGACGGAGUGGAUCCGUGUUGCCACGGCGCACACAGAACACAGACAGAGCUGGGUGGUGGACAGUGAUGACGUCAGACAGGCAGCUAGGCUGCUGCUGCCAGGGGUGGACUGUGAGCCCAGGAGUCUCAGGAUGGAUGACUCGGUCUGUUCCUCCCGUACCCUCGACGCCACGGCAGCGUCCACGAGUUUCCAGCGUGACCUGGGUUUCCGCAUGCUGAGCUGCGGGAGGAUCGACCUGGUGCAGCAGGCCAUCGCUAUCAUGGGGGAGAGCGGAAUCAACACCAUUAAUGAUCACGGCAUGACCCCACUGAUGUAUGCCUGUGCAUCUGGAGAUGAGGCCAUGGUACAGAUGUUGCUGGAUGCUCAUGCUGAUCCUGAUGUGGCGGUCCCCAUGAACACGUACAAGUACCCUUCAGUACGGGAUGACAUCAGAGGCUGGACAGCCCUGAGUUUUGCAGUGGUGCACAUCCAUGUCUCUAUUGCACAGCUGUUGCUUGAUGCAGGUGCCAGUGUGGAGGGAUCUGCUCACCAAUGUGGAGAGAACUACACGGAGACACCAUUACAACUGGCUGCAGCUGCAGGUCAGUUUGAGCUGGUGAGCUUGUUGCUGACUAAGGGUGCUGACCCCACCCUCGGCACUAUGCCCAAGAACAGCAUGACUCCUGUGUCUUCCAGAGGCAACAUGAACUGUUUUGCACAGGCGGCAGCAAACGGGCACAGGAAUGUCCUACGGAAGCUUGUGUCUGCGCCACACAUCUCCCGCCCCUCUGACGUGCUGUCCCUGGAGGAGAUGCUGUCUGAAGGCUGUGGGAAUAGCAGCCCUGUCACCAGCCCCGAGUUUCAGCUGCGGACAUGCAAGCUGCGCAUCAAGGCCCUACAGGAGGCCAUGUACCAUGGUGCUGAACAUGGCUACCUGGACAUCACCAUGGAGCUCCGCGGGCUGGGAGUGCCGUGGACCCUGCACACCUGGAUGUGCACCCUGUCCACAGCCCAGCACCUCCACAGGAAGGCCAUCAUACAGUACCUGCUGCGGGAGUUCCCUAACCUGCGCCCGGGGGACUACAGCCCCGACUUCUGCCAGGAGGCCCUGCCACUCAUGUUUGAGAUCUUCAAACAGAGCAAGAAUGAGGUGAUCAGUCAGCAGCUUGCCACCAUCUUUGCCAGUUGCUAUGGCAACGACCCCAUCCCUGACAUCCCCGAGUUGAGAAGACCACAGAUCAGUAGGAUUGAUCCCCAUUAUGUGAACAACCCAGAGAUGUCUGAUGUGACGUUCAUCGUGGAAGGAAAGCCAUUCUAUGCCCACAAGAUCAUCCUUGCCAACGCAUCAACUCGCUUCAAGAACAUGCUAUCUGGGAAGUUCUCGGAGGGGAAGCAGCCUUGUAUUGAGAUUAGUGACAUCAGAUAUCAAAUCUUCCAGAUUAUCAUGGAGUAUCUGUACCUUGGCACAAAUCCAACACUUGGGAACUCCCAUGCUGAUAUCCUUGAGCUUCUUGGUGCCUCAAACUUCUUCAUGCUGGACAGUCUUCAGCGCCUGUGUGAGAUUCUGCUGAGUCAGCACAUCGACUUCAGCAAUGCAGUCAACAUCUACAGACAUGCCAAGAUGUACCAUGCGGAGGAGCUCCUGUCCUACUGUUACGGGUACUUCCUGCGGCACCUUCCCGAGCUGCUGGAGGAGGACAGUGUGAAGAAGCUGGUGUUCCACCAGGGGCGCUCGCACCGCAGCGAUGUGCUGCAGGACCUCCAGGGGGCGCUGCUCAUCAGGAUGCAGUCUCGCAUGAAGCACAACUACGGCAUCUGUGUCAGCUCAUGAAGUACCUGUGCCGACCAACAGGGGGCACUGCUGGUAUGACUGUGGUGCUCGGGAUGAAACAGUGUUGAAUGGUGCCCAGUUGGUUUUGGACUGAACUUCAGAAGACGUAUGAUUUUCACAUUUCCAUUUUAAAGGGAACCGAUCAGGCUACUAUAGAUUAAUAUGUUAUACUUAGAUUAAUGAAAUAUGUAUAUUGUUAGAAUAAUACUUAACACCUUACUACACGAUGAAAAGCUCAAAUGUCAACUUAGUGCUGUAUCAUUUUAAAAGUUUCCAGUUGAAAGAUCAGUCAGAAAUGCUGUUCCUGAAAGGAAAAUUUGAUAUGUAAUGGACAUUUGGAAUAGGUGAAAAGGGAUAGAUAAUCUCUGCCAAAUGUUAGAGCUUUCAGUAGUCUCUGGUUGAAAGAAUUUGCCUGGGUAACCAUUUCUUUACCACAAUUCUCCCGAAUACAGUGGUUUCUCUCUGUCUAUGUUGUUAGUAUGUUAGGACUUAGAGAAAAAUAUAUAUGCUUGUGUAUUAUCAAAAUACAACCUAGUUCCAGAUUUGUGUAGCCUUUUAUUAUAUGAUGUAUAUUAAAUGUGAACAACACUUGUAAAUAUUUAUUAUGUUCUAUAAAUGAAUGUUCUGUUGCAUCUUGUGCAUGUAUGAAUGCUCAGUUUUAUAUUUCUGCUUUUUUGUCAAUCAUUUAAAAAAAUUGAACAAUAUUUGUUGUCACCUGUUUGUUCAUCUGUUGCAGUGGUUAAGACUAAAUUGGAUGGUUGGUAGUCAGUACUGAAGAGAUCAAUGAUCAAAAGUUUGAGUAUUUUCAAAUUUUUUGUGCGCAGCAGCCGACCGAUGAUUAUGAUGAUGUUACCUGUAAAAUUCACCCCAUUGAAUACCCUUGUGAAGUAAGAAGGAGGAUCAAAAUAUGUGUACUAACGACAUGUUUGCUGUCAUGAUCAGGAAGUACUGCAUUGCCCAGAUUACAUGUAGAUGUAAAUUAAGAAAAGACAUGCAAACUAGUAGUAUCAGGCAUUCUAACAUUUUGUGUUAAGUCCUUGUGCAAUAUGUGUGCCAUUAACUAACAACCAGGGCUGCAGUAGUUUUCUGCCUAUUAUAACAGGUCAUUAGGAAAAGGCAGGCUAGUUUAGUCUAGCCGAAGCACCAUCCUCCAUAGUAACUAUUUGCCAGAUAAAAGAUUGAUCCGGCACAUGGCUGGUCUAGGGCUAGAUGAGGGUAUAAGAACAUUUUGGGUACAUGAAAAUGAAAUAAAGAAAGAAAUUAUUCUUGUAGUAGCUUACACAGGCCAUUUCUUCGACUCUAGGGCCAACACGCCCGCAAAGAAAUGUUACCACAGACAUCCCUAAACUGAUAAGAUAAGGUUUGCCUGUGUUAGAAUUUCCUUGAGGGCAUGUUAAAGCUGGCUUCUAUAAGCCUUGGAACAAUCUGGCGUCCAGUCUAGUACUCAUUGUAUACGUCAAGAUCCAAAGUGUCUGACAGACUGGUUUGAUUUGUUCUGAGAAUCAGCUCUGAGACUGGUUUCCUCUCCAUUUUAUACCGCCAAA